AUGAAAGCUCAAGUUAGUAUAGUAGGGGGCCCCCUACUUUGUAUGUCGUCAGUUACACCAUCAUCCUUAGCGACCUGCCUUGAGCCUGAGUUCUGCCAGACACCAUGGAACCAUGAACACCCCGACGUAGAGGUUGCGGCCGCGUACUACGUCUCAUGUCGGAAUCGUCGGUGCAGAUCUCGGGGCAAUCCGAUUUAUUUGUGUCCACGCUGCGCCGAUGACAGGUUCAACAGGCGUUGUCCGUGGUGCCGGGCUUUUCUGCCAGAGAAUGCCCUCCAUCCUGAGGACAACUUCUCCAUCGGUUUCAGCCACAGCAAGUACACACACUCAUCCGGACACCACUUCUCCAAUUCCAGGUUCAGCAGCCAGCACGCGCAACAUCCCGGCUUCCUAGGAAAGGGCAGCCAAGGGAUCCAAGAGCAGAGUGAGCAAGGGCCAGGCAGGCAUGACCCCAGGCUGGGCUCGGCUGGUGUACUGGGAAAGGGCUGCAAGGCCGACAGCUGUCAGGCCAGAGUUGGCAAGAGGACGCCGGGGCUUGGCAAGGGCGCUCAGCCACGUGUCGUGCGCAAGGAGGUGGCGGUCGACCCUGGCAGCAUCGGCCUGGUCAUUGGGCGCGGUGGAGAGACGAUCCAGAAGCUGAAGCAUUUCCCAGGGAUCGCUCUUGUCAAAGUGAAUGCUGAAAACCGUGACGCUCCGUUUGCUGGACGAAUAUCGGAGAAGUCGGUCGUCGUUGUGGAGGGCGCGAGUGAGGAAGCUGUGGACGCUGUGAUCCAGGAGGUGCAGCGACUGGUGAACCGCUACCGCGUCGGCUGCCACCGGGGUAACGAUCAUCCGAGGUUCAUCCUCAUAGAUGCCUGCUCAGACGCAAAGUUGCAGAUGCAAUCGGUGACUGAGACCUUCGUGGACCUUAGAGCCUUCAAACCGCGCGACUACUUCGCACUGUGCCCUGCGACUAGGCCCAGCGCAAGCAGUUUUGGCCGCGAUCCGCAGUUGGAGGAGUUGACCAAACAUCUCUCCAAGCUCGAGGUGGGCCAAGCCGGCACGCAGAAUCGAGCAGUCUUGCAGCUCGGAGCUCUGUUUUUUGCCGGCCUGCGGGAGCAUCGGGGCAAACAGUGGACGACGGAAGAGCUCCGCGGAGAGCUGGCGGAGCUAAAGUUCCAAGCCCAGUUUUCCAAGUACUUGAAGACCGAAUUUUCAGACAGGUUCGUGAUGCCUUGCCUCAGAGACCUCGGUGCCACGUCUCCGUGCGAAGUGGAAUCGGGCAUGGUGAUCAGGUUGACCCUCGAGCGCAGUCAGGGCACUCCACACUCUGGUGUUUGGCCUGAUGCGCUGGUGGUGUCGCACUUCGGGUCAGUCGAUGCUGACACUACUUCGACACCGGGCUUGAGCAUACAGGGCCGCACGGGCAGGCUGCUGUACAGUGACACCUGCUUCGCACAGCACCGACGUCCAGCAAUCGCGUUUCGCCUCGCAGUUACAUCCGAGAAAGUCUGCGAACACCUGCGAGAGCAGAUUGCAGGAGCCAUCGCCCGAAUGCCGUCGAAGAUGGAAGAGAACUUGGGCCGUGACAUAUCGUUGAGCGUGGGUGAAGACACAGUUCGCUACGUCGUCAAAGGGUACAAGAAGGUUGAGAAGGAAAUUUGCAGUGUGAAAGGCUACCAGUUGGUCUUUCAGAAGAUUCAGAUGUGGGACGAGGAGCUGAACUAUGACAACCACAACGGGCCCAUCUGCGCUUCAGAGCUGCAGGUCAUCUCUGAAGCGCUGGAUGCGGCACUGAAUAGGAAUGAUGCCGGUGAGAAUUCAGAUACAAGGUUUGGGGUUGAGGGUUCAGGGUUAGGGAGCUUUGUGCCUCGCACGAUAUAG